UCCACGCUGCGAUGGACCAAAGCGCGAGCCUGCGCGCAUUGCUGUUGCGCUAUGUGCAGGCCUUCAACGUCCAGGCCUCGCAGACGGCCUUGGCCAACGGUCUGGGAAAGAUCGAGGAGCGCCUGGCGCGCUGGAUCCUGAUGUGGAGCGACCGGUUGCGCAGCGACGUGCUGCCCAUCACCCACGAGUUCCUGGCCCUGCUCCUCGGCAUCCGCCGACCGAGCGCUACGGUUGCGUUGCACAUCCUGGAGGGAAAGCAGCUCAUCCGCUCGAUGCGCGGCGCGGUCCAGGUGCUCGAUCGCUGCGGCCUCGAAAAGACAGCGCAAGGCUUCUACGGCGUGCCUGA